UGAGGCUCUGGUCACAUGGGACAUCCUGGAGGGAGAUCUGGUCAUCGGGUUUGCCAUCACACAGCAGAAGAAAGAUGUGAGAAUGAUGCGCUUCAUUCAGGAAGUGAACACCACCACACGCUCCUGUGCAUUGUGGGAUUUGGAGGCUGACACAGAGUACAUUGUACAUGUGCAGUCCAUCAGCCUGAGUGGCACGAGCCCCCCCAGUGACCCGGUCCUCUUCCGAACACCGAAAGAGUCAGAGAAACUGGCCUCCAAAAGCCCUGAUGAGGUGACGAUGAAGGAGGUCGGCCAGGCCGCCCAGCUGAGAGCCGGAGAGCUCAUCAUCAUCGUGGUUGUUCUGAUCAUGUGGGCAGGUGUGAUCGCUCUGUUCUGCCGUCAGUACGACAUCAUCAAAGACAACGAGCCCAACAACAACAAGGACAAAGCCAAGAACUCAUCAGAGUGCAGCACCCCCGAACAUCCUACAGGGGGCCUACUGCGCAGCAAAGUCUAACCGCACCGGCAAUAACGGCUUCAGCCUCAGGACACAGCUCUGAGAUAAACAAAAAAGCCAUCAUGGGACGUCGUGAAGCGGAGUGCACAUCAUCAUUUGAAAAGACAAUCUAUUAAUACUGAGCAGUAAGGACCCCUCGGUGCUUCUCUAAAACUAAACACACAAAGCAUGAGCACAGGUGAUGAGUGAGGAGAACACUCGAGCACAUCCGAACUGAAACGUGGAGUGGAAGUGUGUAACGUGAAGUGUGUGAUCUCCAUGUUCCCAUCAGAGAGACGCUCCCUAAGCUCCGUCUCCGCUCCGUCUCAGCUCCGUUUCAGCGAUACAGAGGUGGAAUCCGGGGCUGCUCCAGGACUCAAGGGCACCGCUCCGCCUCCAGCACCGCCUCACACAGAUAAGCAAAGACGGACGAUAAAUAAAGCAGAUUUUUUUUUGGGGUCAUUUUUCCUGCUUCUUAUCAGCGCUGAGACAGGAUCGUGGUACAGUUACUGAGGAGGAGAUGAACUGAAGCUGUGAAGAUAUGAAGCUAUUUCGUAUAUCUUUCGCUCUGCAUUGAGCUCCUUUGUUAUCGUUCGUUUCCAUCCCGACUGGCUGCUGUACGACUGAUAAUGUGUAUCGAUCUCUCUCAUAUUGGCGCUCUCUGGCUCUCAGGGCAUCAGAGUUCAGAUUAUUAAUAGAGUGGUUUAUUUGAUAGAUAGUAAAGCACAGUUUUACCAGAUCACACCAUCCACACCAUCAGCACUGCGAUACACUGACUAUAUUUGUAUAUUUUAAUCAUAUAGUGAUAUAGCUCGACAUCAGUGAGUUCAUAAAUGUACAUUCAGGGCUGGGCAGGAUCUUUAAAACAACUAAGAAUAAUUAAUACAUUAACACAUGAAUACAUUUUGCAAAGGCACCUACAGUCAAACGUUUACAUACUCUAAACUUUUAGUGAUUGAGCCUGAAUGAUCGGUGGGGUGGCACAGUGACUCGGUGGGUUGCACAGUCACCUCACAGCAAGAAGGACCUGGGUUCGAUUCCCAGGUGGAGCGAUCCGGGUCUUUUCUGUGUGUGUUAACCUGACUGCAUGUCUUCGGAGGAAACCGGAGCACCCGGGAAAAAACCACACAGACGCUGGGAGAACAAGGACCUGGACCGCCCUACCUGGGAAAAUCAAUUAUAUAAACUGAAUAACAUGCUGCAAAAUAGUGUCAGCAGUUUGAGGAACGUCCGGACCAGUUUCCGCACGACGGUGCUCCUGUGCCCAUAAGAGAGGCAUUGUAACGGGGAGUUAGACAUGACUAAAUUGGAAUUGAAAACAGGAAAAUGUAAAUGCAACCUGGUAAAUCCUGGACCAUCUUUUUUUAAAGUCUGGAAUGGAUCUGAGGUGUGGACAGGCAUAGAAAAUCAAGGCUUUGAUGAAUUUGGGGUGUGCUGCACAGAAGAUCCCUGACAUCAACCUUGUCGUAGCUGAUCUUUGGGAUGAACUGGAACAUUGAUUUGCAAGGCAGUGUUUGACCUUACAAAUGCUCUUUUAAUUUAAUGGUCACAAAUCCCAACAUACUCCUAAAUCUUGUGCCAAUUGAUGUCCAUGAUUUUGGAAUUGAAUGUCUGACAAGCUCAUUGUUAGGUGUCUAAUUACUUUUGGCUAUAUAGUACAGUAUAUAUGAUCAUAAUAAACUGGUCUAAUAAUGAAGUAAGGCUAUAAAAUAAUUAUUUAACCUUUAUGUGGCAGCAUUUCAGAUCAGUAGACAAUUUAAUGGAAACGCUAUGCACUUGGUAAGCUUGCGUGGAGUGCUGUAGGAAAAAGAGCCUGUCUAUAUACUGUAUUUUGCCUUUUCAAAAUGU